GUUGGAGCAGAGAAGUUUGAGUAAGAGAUAAGGGCGAGGCGAGUGCCCGCGCCGCCAGCGCCCAGUCCGGCACCGCCGCGCCUCCGCACGGCACCGCACGGCACCGCACGGCACGGCACCGCACCGCACCGCACCGCACCGCACCCCACGGCACCGCACCGCACCGCACCGCGCCGCGCCGCACCGCACCUCCCUCCGCGCCGCGCCGCGCCUCCGCAUCGCCACCGCUCCGCACCGCUCCCGCGCCGCGCCGCUACGCGCGGACGGACCCCGCCGCGCCCCCGGCGCCGCGCCCCGCACUGCGCCUCACCGCGCGUCCCCUUCUCUCUCCGCAGCCCUGACAGUGUCUCCCACGCCGGUGGUGUUUUGUGCCAUUCUCUUUUUUUUUUUUUCACUUUUUUUUUUUUAAAUUCUGAUUUCAAUUUUUUUGCCUCUGUUAAUACUUCUACCUUUUUAUAUUUUUAUUAUUGUUAUUAUUAUUGUUCCUUUUUUUAGCGACAGCUUUCAAACCUACUUUGGGGUCUUAAAACGAAACCGUACAUCAUUUCACUGUGGACAUUACACCCUCUUACAGAUAUGGGAGACAUGGGAGACCCACCAAAAAAAAAACGUCUGAUUUCCCUAUGUGUUGGUUGCGGCAAUCAAAUUCACGAUCAGUAUAUUCUGAGGGUUUCUCCGGAUUUGGAAUGGCAUGCGGCGUGUUUGAAGUGUGCAGAGUGUAAUCAGUAUUUGGACGAGACCUGUACGUGCUUUGUUAGGGAUGGCAAAACCUACUGUAAAAGAGAUUAUAUCAGGUUAUACGGCAUCAAGUGCGCCAAAUGCAGCAUCGGCUUCAGCAAGAAUGACUUCGUGAUGCGCGCCCGCUCCAAGGUGUACCACAUCGAGUGUUUUCGCUGCGUGGCCUGCAGCCGCCAGCUCAUCCCCGGCGAUGAAUUCGCGCUGCGAGAGGACGGCCUCUUCUGCCGGGCGGACCACGACGUGGUGGAGAGGGCCAGCCUGGGCGGCGGGGACCCUCUCAGCCCCCUGCAUCCCGCUCGGCCGCUGCAGAUGGCAGCAGAACCUAUCUCUGCCAGACAGCCAGCUCUGCGGCCUCAUGUCCACAAGCAGCCCGAGAAGACCACCCGAGUCCGGACUGUCCUUAAUGAAAAACAGCUUCACACCUUGAGGACCUGCUACGCUGCCAACCCCAGACCUGACGCUCUCAUGAAAGAGCAACUGGUAGAAAUGACUGGCCUCAGUCCGAGGGUCAUCAGGGUGUGGUUUCAAAACAAGCGAUGCAAAGACAAAAAAAGGAGCAUUAUGAUGAAGCAACUUCAGCAGCAGCAACCCAAUGACAAAACUAAUAUCCAAGGGAUGACAGGAACUCCAAUGGUGGCUGCUAGUCCGGAGAGACAUGACGGAGGUUUGCAGGCGAACCCCGUGGAGGUGCAGAGUUACCAGCCGCCCUGGAAAGUACUGAGUGACUUCGCACUGCAGAGUGACAUAGACCAACCUGCUUUUCAGCAACUAGUUAAUUUUUCAGAAGGAGGACCUGGUUCCAAUUCUACUGGAAGUGAAGUAGCAUCAAUGUCCUCUCAGCUGCCAGAUACACCCAACAGCAUGGUAGCCAGUCCUAUUGAGGCAUGAGGAACAUUCAUUCAAAUAUCUGUUGUUGUUUCUGCCCUUACCCUCACCCCUGUUGAAGAGAGUGGGAAAGUGAACGUGUUGGGACUUCGAAAUUUAGGGGGAAAGAAUAUUUAACUACCCUGUAAUGAAGCUAGCAAGGAACUGCUCCAUGAGAUGAACGGAGUCAUAUUUGAAAAGACAAGGUAAUAUGGUAGCAACACUGUGAAGACAAUCAUGGGAUCUUACUAGAAAAAAAAAUACUUAAAUGAACCACAACCCCCCACAAGCCCCAUGCUUUUCAAUGAGCAGAGGAGUGUUGAAAAGACGUUUUCCAAAUAUAAUGGAUUUGUGUCCGUGGAUCUCAAAAAAAAAAAAACCUAAACAAAACAAAAAAAAACAACCCAACAAAACAAAACAAAAACAAAGCAAAAGCAAAAACAAAACAAACAAAAAACACCAGAAAAAGGAAAUCUUUUCAUUUGACUGCACAUCUUAGGGAGAAACCAAGGUAGAGGGACUUUCUAUCCGGUCCCUCCCAUUCCGAAUGGUGCUGUUUCUAUAUUGGGGAUAGCCU